ACGAAGCCGGGAGGUAGAAGAACUGCGUUUUAUGUUGACCAAGACAACGGGUGAAUUGGCAAGCCUCGCUAUGAAGACAAGUGAGAUGCAGAAAACUGUUUUAGAAGAACUGGAUGCAGUCAACAAAGAAAAAACGAAAAGACGUGUGAUCAAUUUCUUGGAAAAACAAGGGUUCAUAGUCUUGUUACAAAAGGACAAGUUCGAAAUCCCACAACAGCUGUAUGAUGCAGAACUUAAGAAAUGCCGAUUACAAGAGGAGAAGGCACUCAUCCAAGCUAAGAUUUCAGAACUGAAUCAAUUGGUGGCGUCGUCGAAGUUAGAAGGGCGUUCAACACCAGGUGGCGUACAGAAUGUUCACGGAGUAAAGGAAUGCAUUGGUGAAGCUGUUGCACCUCAGGUCCACGAGAUGGCACUUGGCAUGGGCGGUGCUGUUUCCGAUCCUACUGUUUUGAAAGACGGAUAUUUGAUAACCACCUGCUUAUCACAGCCUAGCCUUCCCUCUCAAGACAUAUUGGCGCCAGUUUAGUUUGGGCUUUGAAGCAUAACCUGGCAACAAUAGAAAUACUAUUGUUUUGAAGUUCUUUUUUUGUGGUUCAAAACUUCCCCCUUGCAGUUCAUUAGAGCAACUGGAAAAUUGUGUUCAGUACCUACAGGCUAUGGCAGGACUUAUUAUUAUUGUUGUUUUCAUUUACAUGUAUCAUUAUUUACAAUAUAUAUAAAUAUGUGGUUUUCGUUUUGAACAGUGUAAUAUCUUUCAGGACGAACUAUUGAACAUGGCCCCCUCUCAAAGUAUCCACAAAUGAAAAUUUGGAUCUCCACCAACUUGAUGAUUUUGU